AUGCCUUCAACGCCCCCCACACUAGGGGACUUCACCGUCCUCCCCAUCUCCAUCCCACCAUUACCCUCCUUCCCCAAACCAACAAUCCACUACCUCUACCUCCGCCGCAACACCCCCAAGAUUCCCACCCCAACCGACUCCCGCUCCCUCUUCCUCAACAACUGCCCAGUCGACAGCACCGACAUCCACCUCCGCUCCCUCUUUGCAUCACUAGUGGGACCCGGCCGCUUCGAAUCCGCCACCUUUGAAGACGAGCGCAAAGACACCGCCCACAAGCUCUCCCCACUGGACGCCGCCGUCCCAGUUAACGCCGUCCACCUCCUCCGAGCGCACGGUAGCACCAAGAAGCGAAAACGCGAGGAAGAAGAAGACGCGGAAAGAAGCAAGGAAGACGAGGCCGCCAGGCUUCCCUCGACGUGGACCCGCCCGCUACGAAGAUCAGGCAGCACAGCGGUGGUAUUACUAGCAGACGAGAAAUCCGUCGAGCAAGUCCUCAAAGCAUGUGCCAAGGCUUCCAAGACGAAGAAGUACCCUGAAUGGGGCGCUGGUGUCGCUGAUAAAGUCCCUGCGUUGGGAUCAGUCUGGGUCAAGCAACAUAACCGGCUCUGCUACCCCGACCCUGCCACCCUUCAACAAGCGGUUGACGCUUUCUCUGCUGUUUUUGCCAGAAGGGAGAAGGAAGCCGCCGAGAUUUCCAAGAGAUUGCGCAACGAGCCGGAUGAGGAUGGUUUCGUUACUGUGACGAGAGGGGGCAGGAACACACCGGCGAGUAGGUCCGAGGCGGAGGAGGCAAGGAAGAAGAUGAUUGAGCGGGCGGAGAAGAAGAGGCAGGAGAUGGAGGGAUUGUACAGAUUCCAGCUGAGGGAGAAGCAAAAGGAGGAGCAGGAGGAGUUGCUGAUGAGGUUUGAGGAUGACAGGAAGAAGCUGGAGGCGAUGAGGAUGAAGAGGGGCAAGUUUGUGCCUGAGGCGUGA